CGCAUGCAACGUCUACCGAGACAACACGAUGGCCUCUUCCUUGAGUAAAAGAGGCAUCUUGCUGCUCACUAUUUCAGUUUACAUUGAGCUUCUCUUAUAUGUAGUGCCGCUGAUCAUGCUCCUGCUCACUGCCAAGGCGUUGGCGCCGACGGAAGAUUACUGGGAGACACAAUGGGGCCGUGUGAUGGACGCGUUCGGCCGCGAGCCGCACAUUCUCUACGGCCUGAUGCCGUCAAUAAUUUCCUUCGUCACCUACUGGGUGGUGGCUUUGGUGUACCUGGCGUGCGACCUGAGCGGCUGCCUCCACAGGUACAAAGUGCAGCCGGGCAAGAACGAGCCGCCGCCGACGCAGCGCCUUUGGCACUCGCUCGGGAUGGUCUUGUUCAACCAACUUUUGGUAGGGGCGCCUUACGGGGUGCUCGCCUACGACGUCUUUGAGUUCAUCUGGACCAAAGAAAGGAUUGGACUGGACAAGUGUGGACAACUGCCCUCGAUUGUGUCCGUCUUCUUCCAGCUCGGCGUCUACACGGCCAUAAGAGAAAUUACUUUUUACUACAGUCACAGGAUGAUGCACCACCGGUGGAUCUACAAACACAUCCACAAACAGCACCAUGAGUGGACGGCGCCCAUCGCCAUGAUCACCCUGAGCUGCCACCCUCUGGAGCACCUCUUUGGCAACAUAGUGCCCUUGUCCCUAGGUCCGGUGGUCCUUGGUUCGCACCCCCUGGUGCACUGGAUGUGGUUCGUCCUGGUCACUGCCUUCCCCGUUUCAAAGCACUCGGGCUACCACCUGCCGCUGCUGCCCUCGCCAGAGUUCCACGACUACCACCACAUGACGAAUUCGGAGUGCUUCGGAAACUUGGGAAUAAUGGACGCGCUUCACGGAACGGAUCAAAAGUGGCGACGCACCGAAUCCUUCCAGCGACACUUCGUCAUGACAGGAUGGAAACCCAUCAGGGAAAUGGUCAAGUCGGCCACUCAGUGA